CUGCAUCCUGAGAAGAUCGUAGUCCGAAAAACGGACGUGUACAAGGUGUUUUGUGGGUAUGAGGAGGACGUGGGUCUCUGCCGAGCGCCUCUCUGAGCUAGGAUAUCAUCAUAGACGGGUAAUAUUUUGUUGUAAUGUUUUUUUUUUUUGUCUGCAAUUGAGGUCACUGCUCGGGUUCCAUCAAAGACCAUGCUUUUGCGCUCAUUUGCGACACCCAGAUUGGAGACCCAUCCUUCGAUGGCCAUCCGAUCGGAUGAACCGCGUUUCGGUUCAGGGAAUGACGGGAACGGGUACAGCAAGCGCCAGGCCUUGGGGGGUUGAGAGCAGCCCGUCCACAUGCUCGGGGUAUUUUGUUCCCCCAAACACUGUGGGAUGUAAUUAUUUUUCUCUGGGGUUAAGGUGGUCAUGGGUGGUCAUGCCUUCAUCAUCACACGCCUUAAAAGCCUGGCUGGAUAUCCCCUUCUUUCUGUUCUUCUUUCUUCCUCACAUUCACCUCCCUUCUCCUCCUCCGCUUCCUGUUCCUCGGACAACAAGACUCUGGAGAUCCGCAACAAACAAAUAAAACGUAUGGUGAUCAAUUGCUCCAGUAACACAUUUGCCCCUCCUAUAUCUGAUAUACGAUCCCCUCGACCCGUGUUUCCCACUGGCAGCCUCGCAAAAGUUACAGCAUCGACGGCACCAGAGGAACCUCCACAGAAACGAUACCAUGUUGGACAGAGUUGAAUACACCGGUGCGAGGAACGGACAGUGCACGGCACAGGACCAGGAACAGACAAUGAGUGGAUGAGGCAGCAACAGUGAAAGGACAUGACU